AUGGCGUUGAAAAUGCGUUUGAUAAUUUUAAUAGCCUCAAUUUAUAUUUCCGGAGCGGAAGAUUUACAGGACUUUGAGUUCUCGGAGCCAAAUGAACUUUUAAUAGCACAGGAGUCAAGGCAGUAUGAGACAAUCGUGAAGCCUCCAGUGAGGAUUUUGAAGCCAAACGGGGUGACGAACUCUCAUAGGCCACAAUACAACUUGGACUCUUUGGAAGCUGAUUUGACAGCGCAGUUAGACGACUAUUUCGAAUCGACAUCUAAACGGCCAGUAAUAAAGAAUUAUAAGAUCAAGAUGAGUAAGGAAAACAUGAUCCGGGAUGCCGUGCUGCGGGCGUUAGAGAGGAAGGACCAUGUGGGAAAGUUCGCUCAAAUCCUGCCUAUCAUCAGAGCGAUGUCGGGGAAUCAAAGAGUGGCAUUGGCAUCUUUAGUGGCCAGCCAGGUCACCACUCCUCCUGGUCGGCAGCCUCUUAAUCUUUCUCAGGUGAGAUCAAUGUUCAAUAACAACGACACUUCUGAUCUGAUGCUACCAAUCCUAUUAGACACAGCCAAUUUGAUCCGUCGUGCGAUCAGACCCGGAAAAGAGCCCCGAGAAGUAAAAUACCCACAAACACUCUUCCAAAGACGCUCUUUCACUGAGGAAUCAUUAAAUGAUGACAUUUUUGACACUGAAGACCAAGAAUUAAGUUCAACUACACAAAAUGUACUUCAUAAACAUCGCAACUUCAGAAACAGAUCUCAAAGAGUAACGCAAACAGUAAAUACAAUAGGUGACAAACAUGCACAAGAAAAUAAUAUUAAAGUCACGAAUACUACACAGAGUAACACAGAGCAUAAAGACACUGCAAAUACACUUCACGAUAUUGCAAAUAAUAACAAUAAUUAAUUAACCUAUUUCCAGAGAACUGCAACAGACCUAAACGUGAAUAAUAAAUAUGAAAGCAUAAACCGCAACGAUAACGGCACCAUGGAUCUUACAGCUGAUGGCACUAAUCAAACAAUAGUUCAAGAUCUUCCCAUUGCUGAAAAAUUCCGAUCACUCAAUAGAUACAUGGACAGGAAAGGUAACCUAAUCCGUCGAGGCACUUUUAUGCCAAAGAUAUCACCACCAACUCGUCGUACAACCACAGAACCACUCCUCAGCAGACGCCGACCAGUUCCAGGCCGAAAAGUACCCACAGCCAGCGAUCAAGCAAAAUGCGAGAUGUUUACUAACACUCUCUGUUUACAUGCUGAAGAUUAUCCAACAGACGCAAUCAUUGGUAGCAUAAGGCGGAACAAAGCAGCCGCGGGUGCGCUGUUGGCGGACUUCAAAGACCCAGGGGAGGGUGCUGUAGACGGAAUCACUGCUGCCCAGGAGGCGAAGUAUACUGCGGAACACUACCUUGUGUCUAACAGGCGAGGCGACACAGCGAACCGUGAUUUCGCAAGUGCGGGUGAAGCCGGGUUCAUGUGUCCCAGCACAGUGAAGUACGCGCGGCCGCAGCGAGCCAGGGCUACAUCAGGGCAGUGGAAAUACAUCGUGAACACGGGAGAACAUACGCAGACUUUGCGCCUUGAGAAAUGCCUAAAGCCAAAGGAGUCCUGUACUUACCUCACGGACAAUUUUAAAUCCAAAUGUGUUCAAGUUUACAACUAUCACAGACUUCUAACAUGGGACCAACAAAAUGGUUUGCACAUGGAUAUAUUUAAAGUUCCUACAUGCUGCUCCUGUCACAUAGAAGGUUACAGCGUAUCGUUUCCACCUUUAGGCCAUAGAAUGCAUGAAACAUCGUCCGAGCACUUUCCCGGCGAAGAUUUAUCAUCUGAACACGGCAACCAGGCAUUUGAAUCCGUACAAUCCAGUAUUCAGAGACCAAGCCUAUCCAAAACUCCAUUUAGCCUCAAUAAACCAACAGCCGCAGAGUCAUUCCCAUCACUAACAGAUAAUUACAAUUUGAUACCUGGAUCGACAUUCAAUAAUUUAAAAAUAAAUGACAAUGAAGAGUAUAGCAGUGUAGCAUCGAAUCCCAGCGAUUCCUACGGUAAUACAUACUUCCCUGAUUCGUUUAACCAAGCAACCUCGGUAAGAAACAUUAAAAGACCGGUUCCUCGAAAUCCUACUGGGAUAGCAGCCUUGGAAUCUGUCACAUUGCCCAGCUAUUUAGAACCUCCAACGCCUGCAGCACCAUCUUCAUUUGCAUUCUCUAAAGAAAGUUUUAACAAAUACAAAACUAAUGACAGUCAAUUCAAAAGAGGUCCUGUUAGACCCAGUCGAAGGCCUAUAAGGAAAAAGAUAUCAACGGGGCCAGAAGAUUUAGUAUCAUCUGGUACAUCUGCUGUUGGGGCUUAUGAUUUAGACAGUUCUACAGAUUUCAAUGAAGAUGUAGACGAAAGAGAAAUAAAUAUUAACUCUAAUUUUAAUCCACGACCUACAAUAGCUCCGAAACUUCAAGCAGUUACAACCGAAAGAAAUUUUACUAACUAUAUACCGUUUGAUCAAAGUAAAAUUGUAAGGGAAGAUACAGUUAAUAACAAGAAAGUUAAUUAUAAUUACCAUCCUAUUAUUGAUUUCUUCGAGGAUUACGAGAAAAAUCAGGAUUCAAUUGAUAGAGAAGAUAAUGCACAAACUUAUGUUACGUCGUCUGAAACUGAAUGGAAGCCAAUAAACCGACCAUUGUUGGAUACCAAAAAUACAAACUCAAUAGGACGGAAGAAACAUAAGUAA